GUCCGGUGUGGUUCACAAUUUUCUUUCUGUCGCACCGUUCGCACUUCCUCUAUCCGUGUAUGUGUUCGUGUGCGUGCGAGUGAGUGUAGGAAAGUCAGCAGUAACAACAAAUACCCAAGAGAGCGAGAGAGCAGAAAAAUCCGCCGAAAAUUAGCUAUGGAUAAACAGAAUGCAAAAAUGUAUGCAAUUUCCGUCAUAAGUUCGCUCAUUGAGAUUCGCAAUUGAAAUUCACUUCGCCGAAAUGAAAAUGAACCCAAUGAGCAUUUAGUCAAGUGAGAGCGAGCGAGAGAGAUGCGCCGCCAAGUUAACCGUUUCAUUUGCAACGUCAUCGUCAUCUGAAGAGUACCGCCGAAGGAAAAGGAAAGAGAGCGCGCGAGCGCAUUACGCCCUUGUUUACACGCCCAUUUCACAACUCCCCCGAAAGGAAACAUCAUCCAAGGACCUCCUAAGGACGCAUAUCAGACCGCUAUUUUGAUAAUUAAUGCAAAGGAAUCCGAAUUAAGAAAGCCAGCCAUAAAAGAGUCUGCGCAAAGAGAGAGCGCACAGAGAAAAAGAAGCAGAGAGCAAAGAUAAAAAGAGCGAGCGCCGCUUCGUUGGGCUCCAAAAUCACAUCGUGCAGCUCCCAUUUGGAAAAAUUGCGUCUCGCGACACAACGUGCGUCCAAGUCAGCGGAAAGUUUUUUCGAUUCGCGGCCCGGUCAUUGAAUUUGUAUAUGCGUUUGUGCGUUAAAAAACUCCAGUUUCUGUAGAUAUUUGUCAUUGAGACAAAUCGGCAGCCAUAAGCUAACCCAUAAACCCAAUUUAUCUAGUGCGACCCGUGCUAAAUAUCGAUUUUUUUCGGCUAAUGCGCGUCGAUGACCUCGCACACAGCAACAACAGCAACAAUUGAGAGCUAAAAGCUGCAAGUACACGCAGAGAAACAACAAAAACGAAAUAAAAGCACUCCAAAGCUGUGUCUAAGUUUUUAAAGUAAGCCAAACACAAACGCUUUACAUAAUUGCCCCAGUGCCAAAAGCGGCAGCCACAACAAAAACAACGAAGAAGAAAACAACGGCGUUGCAAGGGGGAAAACUCUCGAUUGAAAGAAGAAGCAGAGGAGGCAGAACAAGAAGGCGGAGAAGAGUCCCCGAAAAGAGCGGCAGCCGAAAACCGCAAAGACACAUGCUCAGAUACCGUCUCGUGUCCACUCACUUCCUCAAGCAGCCGUAGUGUGCGAGCGAGCUAGACAGCCAUACCCAUAGAGGGGGGGGACCGAGAACGAGCACGAGAGCGCGAGCGAGAGAGUGUGGGUGUAACUGCGAAUGCACUUGCAACUGCAAUUUUGAGAGAGAGUGACAGCGAGAGCGAGCGAUCGCAGGAUACGAUUGUGCUAUAAAAGUGCGACAGGUGUUCUCUGCCUGCCCAUUCACCGUUAGUCGUCGUCGGUAACUCAUUUAGUUCCAGAGAGAUCCUCUUUACUUCCCAGAAAGAGGCAGGAGCAAGGAGCGAACAAAAGAAAAGGGGAGGAAACUCAAACUUGCCAGCGAGAAAGAGAGGGAGAGAGAGAGAGAGAGAGAGAGAGAGAGAGAAGGAAUUCGCAUCCGAUCCGGCACUAAAAUCCAGUCACAACGUAUUCGCUAGGAGUGCUACGCCAUUUGGGUCUGAGCUAUAGUCUAGAUAGCGAAAAUGUGCAGAGAUCGCGAUAUGAGUUUGUCGUAGAUCAGCGCAACCGUCGUUACAAGGUCAAGAAAAAAAUUAAGCUCAAGAGCGAGUAGAAAGGUGAGCGGGCAAGAGCCCAAGGGGCCCCAAAAACCAAAAGAAACAGCACGAUUGCGUUACCGAUUGCGUGAGAUUGCGAAAUCCUGGACCACCAGCAGCCAGCAGCCACAAUAACCAGAUCUAGCUACCAUACCAAAGUUAACAAUAAUAGCAAAAGGCCACAACAGCAAAGUAAUAGUUAAAUUAUCUCUAAGGACUCCGUCACCCCUUCCACUUCCAUUUCGAGUGCGCGUGUGAAUCAACGGCAAUGUGACUAUCCUGCCACUCGGCAUCCCAACGGUUCUAGCCGGUUCGAAAACGUAUCUUCAGCUUCGGGCCAAGUGAUUUCGCGCACCCUUCGGUCUUCAGUUCGAUUUGGUACCCUCCGUAUCCUUUUUCCACCACCAGUCGAACGGAAAACGACGUGCAACUGGCGAACGUACGGGGAAAAACCAGCAAGAUUGAAGACUUUGGGAGAAAUCUUUGGAAGUCCGUUAAGGCUUGCAUUUGCGGCAUGCGCCAUCCCACAACUGGGCUGAACGAAGACGACCUGAGUCGUCUCACUGGUUCAUCAUCGUCGACGGCUUCGUGCGGCAGCGCAGCAUCCUCAUCAUCGUCCUCAUCCUCGUCGUCCUCGAAUCCCGCUGACCGGCAUGAGGUGGUCUGCAGUCCGGAGAAGCCAACGCCGACGGGCACGGACAAGAGCCACCUGAACAGCGGCUUCAACUCCACCUACCUGCCGGAGAUCAUUCAUCCGGCUCUGGAAUGGCAGAAGUCAUCGCGCAAGCGCAAGGAGCGCCUGGACAGCAACUCGGCCUUUGGCCAGGAUCGAAAGCUGCAGCGCAGCAACAGCGAGGAGCUGCUCACAGAACCGGCGGCCAUCGUUUCUUCCACGGCCCAGGUGGCGGCCAAUCUUCUGGAGGCGCAGUGUGAGGUUAUUCGCCGAGUUUCUUCCGAGGAUUUCAAACGCACGGCCAGCUACGCCAACUAUCGGCAGGAGUUCGAACGGGAACAGGAGGAGUGCUCCGAGCUGGGCGAGAACAAUGCCUCGUUGGCGAACCUGCCGACAGGCGAAGCAGCCAAGGAGCGUCCACGUCUGGAGACAAGCCCCGCUCGCCAGCCACCAAAGGAGGCUAGCGAUGACUCCGAGUGCGAGCACGAAAGGCGACGCAGCAGUGAGCGUUUCUGCAAGUCCCGCCAGCCGCCGGUGCGCAAGUCUGGGGUGGCCAAGAAGGGCGGCGGAGGCAGUGGCUCCAAGUAUCUGCCAUCCCGACGGGAUGAGCAAAGCGCCUACAAGUACGACUUGUCGGCAUUGAAGUACGAACGCAGAGGUUUCAUCAGCAGCAGGAAACAGCAGCAGAAUCAAACGCAACCAAUGCAGUCCGCUGCAGAUCACAACGACAACAACUUGAUAGACUUCCAUCAGCAGCAAAAGGAGCUGCAGUCGAAGAGGAGCGCCAGUAUUUCCCCCACACCCACCACCAGCUCCUCGGCGGGCAGCGAUGACAGCACGCCCACUUCCAAUGCCCCCGCGCCCAUUAAAGCCAAACCUCAGAGGCAGCAGCAGAGCCUGGAUCUCACCUCCGCGCAGGAGUCCCUGCCCUGGGAGCGUGGCGAUGAACCGGCGCCCAUUCUGAGCCGGAGAUACGCCCACUCCCGACCACAUAUCGGUGGCAAUCUGGAUGCAGCCGCCAAGCUGGCCAAGGUCAUGCCAUAUCCCCAGCAGCUGCCCAAGCAGGCAGCCACCGUGCAGCUGCACUCGGACAUCACCGACAUGGACUGCUGCCUGGAGCCCAUGGAUGCAGUGCGAGCGUUCAGUUCGCUGGAGAAUAUGCGCACCCGCGAUGUUAUGCAACAAGUGUUGCCCGCCAUGAUGGGGGCAUUCCAAACGCCCGAGGAUCGAGUGAAGGCCAUCAACAGGCGAGUGACCGUGCUGAAGAAGAAGCUGGUCCAGCUGGAGGAGUCCCUGGAGCAGCGGCUGGGCUACCGGCCAUCUCAGGCGGAGCGGCUGAACGACAAGUACAUGAAGAACGCCCUGGCGGAGUUGAGCAAGCUGCGCAAGGAACGGCACGAGCUCAAGACUGAUCCCAUCGCAGCUCUGGGUCUGAAGGUGGGCAGCGGCGGAGGCGCCGGCAUCGGUGGCCAGGAGGUCGCCAAGAAGCUGGAGCGCAUGAAGGCCACCCUCGCUGAAAUCGAACAGAAUCUGAACGAGAAACGCGUGAAUGGCCGUCGCUCCGAGCAGCUGGAGGAUCUGAAUGCCGACCAACUGGUGCAGGAGAAGAGCGCCGUGCAGCAUGGACUGCUGUACUUUGAGAGCCUCUAUGGUCAUCCCAUCACCAAGGAGGAGCGCGAUGCCGCCCGCCCGCUCUACGAUCGCUAUCGGCAGCUGAAGCGUCUGGUGUCGCGCACCGUGAUGUUCGGAGCGGGCACCGGGAUACCCGAGUUGCCCACAAUCCUGGAGCACGAGGCUAUGGUGUUUGAGGCCACUUCCACUCCGCUGCAGUAUUCGUCGAACAACAGCACAGAGACCACCAACUCGCCCAGCGACUCCAAUGCCCCGAAUACUCUCACCCAGAAUGCUUCCUCCGACGAGUCGACGACGACCACCACCACGUUGACGGGUCCGGCAACGGGAAACUCGGCCACAAGCCAGGAGAACCAGGCCGCCAGCGAGAACAUCGCCGCACUGAGUGUGGACCAACUGUGGGAGCAGCUGGAUCGUGCCCGCGAUGAGAAAUCCCUGCUGAAGUCCACCAUUCGGGAGUACGAGUCGCUGUUUGAGGAGCAGAAUGGACGGAAGAUGCUCAAGCAGGAUCGCCGUUCGCUGGAGACGGAAACCUAUGCCCAGUACAAGGAGAAGAAGGCCAAGGUGCGGCUACUGCAGGCCCUGAUCAAGAAGCAUAUUGGGCAUUAGACUACAGAUAUCCUACUUCCAUUCAUCCACGCAUGCAAAACUAUUUAUUUCAUACCCAACCAAACAAAUACAGACCUAGAUCUAUACAAAUUACAUGUAGUUUUUGGACUUAUAUUUACCAUAUAUUCUAUAAUGAUACAUUUUAUGAAUAUUGUUGAUUCCUUAUUGUUUUUUGAAAACAUCUAUUGAGUAAUUGUAAUAAAAAGAAAGAAAAUUAAAUUUUA